AUGGCACAACAAAACAAACCCUCUAAAUCAGCUUUAAUACACAAGAAAAGAAAAUGUGAUGAUUCAGAGCCCUGUCGGGAAGAUGACAGUUGGCCCAGAUGUAUUGUAAUAAAAGGAACAGAAGAAAAACCAAUUUCAAAAAUAUCGCCCUUUGUAAUUCACAAACAAAUUCAAAGCGUUGCUGGUACUGUUAAAAAAGUUUCAAAAAUGAGAUCUGGCAAUUUGUUGGUUGAAUGUUCCAACAAAAGUCAAUCAACAAAUUUACUUACAAUGUCUACAAUAUCAAACUUUCCUGUUUCUGCCUCUCCUCAUAACAGUUUGAACAGCUGUAAGGGGAUCAUUCGAGACAGAAGUCAAUACCUUGGUGACCUUACCGUGGAAGAAAUCGGUGAGGAACUUUCAAGCCAAGGUGUAACUAAUGUUAUUAGAUUUCAAAUUAAAAAGAAUGGAAAUAUAAUCAAAUUAAAUACUUAUCUUUUGACCUUUAGAACUCCAACUCCUCCUCCAUCUAUUACUUUAGGUUGCUUCGGAAUCAGAGUUGACAUGUUUAUCCCUAACCCAAUUCGAUGCUUUACUUGUCAAAAGUUUGGUCAUGGAAGCAAACAAUGUCGUGGUAAGCAGAGAUGCUUCAAGUGUUCUGACGAAGGACACGAGGGAACAAACUGUCACUCUGAAUCUUCUAAAUGUGUAAACUGUGGUGAAUCCCAUUUUUCAUCGUCUAGGGACUGCCCUGUUUACCUUAAAGAAAAAAAUAUUAUUAAAAUUAAAACAGAAAGAAAUAUUAGUUACCCAGAAGCUAAACAGAUAGCUUCUGUUUCGAAUGAUCUCCUUGUUUCAAACAGACCAUCUCUUCCUUCAUCUGCAUCCAAGAAGGUAUCUUCUUCGUCCAGUACACAGUCUACCAGAGCCCCAUCUCCUCUUCGUUCUCAAGAAAAGAAUGAUGUCCAAAAGAAGCCAGGAAAUACAUCCUCUCAGAAGUCUUCUGAUUCGAGGUCGCGGGGUAGGGGUCGAGGCGGAGUAACACCAGCUGCGCGUAGUCCUGAAGAUCGACGACUCUCCUCGCACAACAGAUUUUCAACACUUAUCAUCGAAACUGAAAUGGAAACUGAAAGUGUUCCGCCACCCGAAAGAUCACGAUCUCAGGGUGAGCGAAAUAAGAAUGCUGGCAAACUCGACAGCAUUCGCCCUUCUUUUAAAAAAUAA